UUGAUUGUUCUACCCCUGUUCCCACUCUCCCUACCCUCCCCGUAAUCUGUGACCACCGGGAUUUCUCAAAUACCACAUCAGCUAGAGCUGAUGUCGACGGAACAGGACACCGGGGCACUGCCACGACGCAGUGCCAGGCUUGCAGUUCGUACCCGUUCUGUGGUACCUCCACAAACCAAGUAUCAGCAACAGCGACUCAGCAAGCGGACGACUCCAGCGGCAUCGAGUACAGCACUGACAGUACCGGUUACCACCGGAGUUCUUCCCGCAUGUCCGGUCCAAGGGACCCUUGAACCGUUGGCUGACUACCUUGGGCGGCUACAGGUAUUCACAGAUGCCGUAGCUACCGCCAAGGCUCAGCAGGAGGCAGCAGAGGCAGAACGUCAGCGGCUGGCCAAUGAGGCGGCAGCCCAAGCUCAGCAGACUGCUGAGGCUGACGCAGCGGCACGAGACAGACGGAAUGCCGCCAGCACGGAGUCCCUGAUUCAUAGUGAGAAUCAGUGGACAACGCUACUCCAAGGCAUGAUCUUUGUGCCUAUGGAUGCGCAGGCGGAUCCGACACCGGCGGAGGCAGAGAGAAGUAACCUGGCUAACUUGCUGCUGGGCAUGAUGAGGGGAAUCAUGUGGAAUAACACACUGCUGCAAGCACACCUGCGCACGGAACGACAGCAAAGACAAAAGCACCAGCAAGACGUGGCCGCUUUAACAGCUGCCGUUCGCGCCGCAGCAACACAGCAGCAGCAACAACAGCAGCUGUUGAACUCCACUCUCACACGCAUCAACAGCAUGGAGGCUAAGGCCUCAGCAGCGCCACGCUGCACGACAGACGCGACGAAGCAGCUCAACGAGCGCAUCGAUCACGUCGUCACUAUCAUUGGCGAACUAGGUGAUUUCACUAGUCCGGCCACGAUCAGCAGCACGGUGGCCGCCAUCAAGACGAGCAUCACCAAACUGCAGACGAGACCGGACGCCACUACAAAGAAUUACAAGAUGCCGCACUUCAACAUCAGCAAGUUCGACGACUACAACAAGACGGACGCCUUGACAUUGUGGCAAAGUUCCCUCACGGAAGCAUCAUGCCACACUGUCCCGGCUAACGACAUGAUGAAGGCGCUCUACUUACAACUGAUUAGAGGAGCGCAGGCAUGGAUGAACCAUCUGGCGGCUACCAAGAAAUGCACCAUCGCCGAACUCCACACACACAUCACGUGGAAGGAGUUCAAGCAACUGUGGUUCACUCGCUUCAUGGUCCACAACGUCGUGAAGGCGGCCAUGAACGAGGUAUACACCUGCUCGCAAGGAAGUAUGCCAACUCGAGACUGGACAACCAAGUGGCAAAAGAUAGUGACCACGCCAGGCUUCGAUUUGAGUUUUCAUAACCAACGAUCCGAGUUCUUCUCGCGAUCGUGCGCCGGACUGCUAACCGCACUCGGCAACGAGUACGAUUACGCCUCAUUCCAGGCCAUCCUGGAUCGUGCGAACUUGGUCAUCCAAACGGAUGACAAGGCCGCAAACGAACGGCAGUCCCAGCCGCAUUAUGUGGCUAAAAUUCGCGACGCCAUAGCUCGGAAUGACGUCAAGGAGAUGGGCCUUGUAUUCUUGCAUGCUCUCCCCUCGUCGGACGGACCAGCCGGGUCACCGCCGGACCCACGCAUCGCUCACCUCUUGGACGAGUAUGGAGACGUCGUCGAGGCUCCCACCGGAACGGUUCCGGAUCAGCCCAUACGUCACGGGAUCACUCUCGAGGCUGGCGCCGUCCCUCCACGUGGAUGCAUCUACCGCAUGAGCGAAGAGGAACUCGAGGUGCUUCGCGCACAACUCGAUGACCUUCUCGACAAGGGCUGGAUUUACCCUAGUUGCUCGCCAUACGGUGCCCCUGUUCUCUUCGUCCGGAAGAAGGACAAAGAUCUACGGUUAUGCAUUGAUUAUCACAAACUUAACGCACAAACCGUAAAGAACGUCGGCCCUCUCCCUCGGAUUGAUGAUCUCCUUGAGCGGUUAGGCGGCGCGACGUACUUCUCGACGUUGGACUUGAAGUCGGGUUACCACCAGAUUGAAAUCCAGCCUCAAGAUCGGUACAAGACCGCGUUCAAGAUGCAGUACGGGCAUUUUGACGUCCUCAUUAACCUUGAUGACAUUUUGGUUUAUAGUAGGACGUUGGACGAGCACAUCGUACACCUUCGCACUGUUUUGGAUCGUUUGCGACUGGCCAAGUACAAAGCGAAUCUCGACAAGUGCAAGUUCGCCAAGCAGGAGCUUGAGUACUUGGGUCAUUUUGUCACGCCGAAAGGCAUUCGUCCCUUAGCGGACAAGAUCCAAGCCAUCGUGGAUUGGCCGGAACCCCGUUGCACGACGGAUGUACGCUCUUUCAUGGGUUUAGCUGGAUAUUAUCAGCGAUUUGUCGAGUCAUACUCGAAAGUGGCCGCUCCUUUGUCGAGACUUCAGUCCCCGAAGGUGCCCUUCAAGUUCGACGACGCAGCCCGUGGCGCGUUCACUACGUUGAAGGCAGCGAUGCAAGCCGCACCUGCCCUCCGUAUGUACGACCCCACCCUUCCUACCCAAGUGAUUACGGACGCUUCGGGAUACGCGCCUGAGCUCGCACGACUCUUGCACACCGGUUGGAUUACCAACCAGGGUGUUCCGGAAGACAUAGCGAGCGACCGAGAUACUCGCUUCAUGUCGAUUUUUUGGACUUCCCUUAUGGCUGAGUCCGGUACGACAAUGAAGCCGAGCUCGGCUCGGCACCCGCAGACGAAUGGCCAGACAGAGCGAGCACACCAAACCGCUCAGAUGAUGUUGCGUACGCUCAUCCGUCCCAACCAGAAAGAUUGGGUUGACCGGCUUCCCGACAUCGAGUUCGCCUAUAACACUUCGGUGCACCCGGCGAUCUGCGUCACACCAUUCGAGCUACAUCAUGGUGGAGAGAAAGCACGGAUCUUCGCUGAUCUCCUUCUGCCACAGGCCGCCAACAUAGACGUCCCUUGCUCUUCCGCUUCCGUUCGGAAGUACCGGGACUUGCUGAUCAAAGCCCGCGCGAAUAUGCAAAAGGCUCAAAUCCGCAUGCAACAGCAAGCUAACCGACGUCGACUUCCAUGUCCUUUCCGCGAGGGAGACCUUGUUUGGGUCCUCUCCGAGGAAUUUGCGCUCGAGCAAGACGUUUCACGCAAACUCCUUCCGAAAUGGUUUGGACCAUGGAAAGUCACUUCUGUCGUUGGAGACGACCCCGCAGGUCCUUCCUUUGUGGUCAACAUUCCUCCGCACCUGACAGUGCACCGGGUCUUCCACGCGUCGAAGCUGGCCAUCUACACGCCACCUUCCGCCGACGAGUUCCCCGGCCAUCGAUCACAGGAUCCGCCUUCUAUGGACGGACAUCAGGAAGUUGAUCGAGUCAUCACGCACCGCAAGUAUGGCAACAAGCCAAUGCAGUUCAAAGUCACAUUCAAACAAUGUGCGCCUGACGACCCUCGGUGGAUCUCUAGUGCAGACCUGCAGACUUCUGCACCCCUUAUCUUCGCCGACUAUGAGAAGCGACGCCUUGCCAAGGAAGCAGCUCGUCCCGCCCGACCCAUCCCGGUAUCGGACAGACAACUCCGCCCUCGCAGGUAGCUCGGUCUUUUAAGAGGGGGAGUGUGUUACAUCUUCGACGCCACACGGGUCCUACCGGACCCGACUUAGGGCUAGAGGGACACAUUAGGGCCU